AUGGGAGCGGUUAAAUCAAGGUUACAUAUUUCAUCAUUAAAGAAGCAAAAAUCAGAAAAGACAAAUUCGAGAAUAAACAAAAUAUCAGAAUCGACGCGAAAGAAAACAAGCUCCAAAAAUGAGACUGUAAAAUUAAAACAUAGCGAAGCCAUAGCGCCACCAGAUUUCGCAACAAUUCGUAGUAAAUCAUUAAUCCACGAAGAAUGGGAACUUUGCACAACUUUUCAAUCAUCCCCACCAACAAUACACCAAAUAAUCGACUCUCUUCUCAAUAUAGUAAAUCAUUUGAACAUUUAUUUUGGAGCUGACAAAUUAUUAGUCAGAGAAAUCACUAAAUGGAUAUACAAACAUGAUAACAUUGAACCAUGGAAAAUAAUAGAAUUUCUCGAGACUGAAAUCUCACCAACAUCGACGACAAUCACAGGAGAGAAGCCAAAAUAUAUUUCAUUGUUGGCGUUCCUUUAUUUUUUGGGCAUUGGAACAACCGUUAAUUAUAAAGAAUCGAAGCGAUUAUAUGAAAUUGCGGCAGGAAUGAAUGAUGGUGUUGCCCAGUGUCAGUUGGGAACAUUUUUAUAUUUUGGGAUUGAGUGUGAAGCGGAUUAUGAUUUGGCGUUUCGGUUUUUUAUGAAAUGUGCGGACCAGGGCAUAGCGACUGGCCAAGC